AUGGCUCGCGAAGUCAAUUCGUACGAAGAUCAGAAUAAUCGAUUCUACUCAAUCGGCCAAGGCAUCGUCAAUUUUCGCGGCAAACAAAUGCUAAAGUUCUUUAUCGCAAACACAAUGCCAUUAUUACAAAAAAUCCUGGGUUUUAAAGUAUUCGACGCCGAAAAAACAGAUUAUUUUAAACGUUUAGUUAUAGACACAAUGAAAUAUCGACAAGAGAAUAAAAUCCACAGACCGGAUAUGAUUCAGUUAUUGAUCGAAGCCAAACAGGAGUCGGAUCAAAAUUGGUCCGAUGAUGAUUUAGUGGCACAGUGCUUUAUUUUCUUUUUCGCCGCGUUUGAAAAUAAUGCCAAUUUUACUGCGGCAAUCUGUCAUGAGCUAAUGGAAAAUCCUGAAGUACAAGAACGAUUAUACGAAGAGGCACUAGAGGUGCGUGAGGAACUUAACGGAAAACCUUUAACUUACGAGGCAGUGAUGAAAAUGAAGUACAUGGACAUGGUCACUUCGGAAACAUUACGCAAAUGGUCCUUUGCAGGCAUGAUUGAUCGCUUAUGCUCCAAAGAUUACGAUCUUACCGACGACGAUGGGAAUGUUGUCUUUAAAUUUAAAGCUGGCGACUAUGUGGGGUUUCCGGUGGUGGGAUUGCAUAACGACGAAAGAUACUUUGAAGAUCCCAGCUCAUUUAAUCCCGAACGUUUCAACGAUGGAAAUAAACAAAAUAUUAAGACUUACACUUAUUUGCCUUUUGGUGUAGGGCCGCGAAUGUGCAUUGGUAAUCGAUACGCAUUGAUGCAAGCCAAGGCAAUGAUGUACUAUCUGAUAUUGGAUUUUAAACUCGAACGAUCUCCGAAAACGGUGAAGAAUAUUAUGGAAGAUGUUCGUGGGUUCCAAAUCAAUCCUAUUGGUGGAUUUUGGGUUCGUAUAGUACCUCGGGAUCCAUGAAGGCGCUAUCCUGCUAAUGCUCAACAUUUAUUGUAUAUAACUAUAUAUUUUAAUACUAUGUAUAAUCCUAUACAUACAUAUGUUAUCAUAUUAUUAUCAUAAAUAAUAUAGACAGUGGUGGCAUAUAUAAAUAAAUUGGUUAUUA